AUGCAUCAACCAGCCCUGGUCGCGGUUGCUGUGCUGCUCUUCUCUCUGACCACUGUCUAUGGGGGGAAGGUGCUGGUCUUCCCAUUGGAUGGAAGCCACUGGGUGAACAUGAAAGUCAUCGUCGAAGAACUGCACUCCAGAGGCCAUAGCAUCACAGUGAUUCGUCCAUCCGCCAACUGGUACAUCAAGGAGAAGUCCCCUCAUUACUCGUGUAUCACCAUCCCUGCAUCUGGUGGAGGAAUUGAUGAGAAGAUCUUUAGUUCAUUUGUGACCAGAUUACUGCAGAUCAAAAGGGAGGGUGGAGGUUUCUGGUCUCGUAUGAGUCUGGAGCUUGAGGUGGGGAAGCAGUUCUAUGAGUCAAACAAGGAUUUGAUUGAGAUGAUGACUAUGAUAUUUGAAGAUGCCGAGCUAAUGCAAUCGUUCCACGAUGCAAACUAUGAUCUGGUUCUGACGGAUCCUGCCACUGGUGCGGGCACGUUACUGGCACACCGCCUUGGUCUUCCUCUUGUCUUCAAUGUCAGAUGGACAAUCCAGGGCGAGGGUCACUUUGCCAUUGCUCCCUCACCUCUCUCAUAUGUCCCAGUACCAGGAGCAAUGUUGACGGACAAAAUGACUUUUCAGGAGAGAGUCAUAAAUAUUCUGUUUUAUCUUUUUACAAGGGUUCAAAUGGCAUACGUCACAGACCUUAACUACAUUCCGUUUGUCCGUCGUUACUUUGGCCCUGAUGUUCACUACAUGUCAUUGCUCCAGGCAGCAGACAUCUGGCUCAUGAGGAAUGACUUCACCUUUGAGUUUCCUCGUCCCACCAUGCCAAACGUGGUCUACAUGGGUGGCUUCCAGUGCAAGCCCUCCAAGCCGCUUCCCCAGGACAUGGAGGACUUUGUCCAGAGCUCCGGGGACCAUGGGGUCAUCAUGAUGUCCCUGGGGACCUUGGUGGGACAACUUCCUGAGGACAUCACUGAGGACAUCGCCACUGCUUUCGCCCAACUGCCUCAGAGGGUUAUCUGGAGGCACACUGGAAAGAGACCCGCCUCCCUGGGUAACAACACCUUACUGGUGGACUGGUUCCCCCAGAACGACCUCCUGGGACACCCCAAGACCCAAGCCUUCGUCGCCCACGGAGGCACCAACGGAGUCCAGGAGGCCAUCUACCACGGUGUCCCCAUAGUCGGCCUCCCGUUGAUGUUUGACCAGCAGGAUAACCUCAACAGGAUGAGGGCUAAGGGAGUGGCUAAGAUAGUGGACAUCGCCUCCGUAGACAAAGACAUCUUCCUGGAGGCAGUGAAAGCUGUUCUCUAUGAGCCGUCCUACAGGAAGGCAAUGCAGAGGCUCUCCAGGCUGCACAGGGACCAGCCUAUGAAGCCACUGGACCGCGCCAUGUUCUGGAUCGAGUUUGUCAUGAGGAACAAAGGAGCGGCACAUCUGAGGACAGAGUCCUACAAGAUGUCUUGGUUCACCUACCACUCUGUGGACGUCAUAGCCACGCUAUUGGCCAUUGUGUUGCUCAUAAUACUGGUUAGCACUUUUGUUGUAAGGUUUUUGUGGCGUAAGGUGUUUUGUUGGAGGAAAGUGAAACAUGAAUGAUAUAGAUGUGUUUUGAGGUGUUAUUGAAUAUUGAUAUAUUAUUAAAUUAUCAAUAAAUAUAUAAUUAAUCAAAUAUUGUAAUUAUUAUUUGCUGAUAUUCUUCUAAAACCAUCCUUUCAGCAACAUCAAGAAGGCCAUAAUAAUUUAUGCUGGUAUUUGAAACAAUACAGUAGGUUCUUUUUGGUAAUAUACAGUACCAGUCAAAAGUUUGGACACACCUACUCAUUCAAGUACAUUGUAGAAUAAUAGUGAAGACAUCAAAACUAUGAAAUAACACAUAUGGAAUCAUGUAGUAACCAAAAAAGAGUUAAACAAAUAUAUUUUAUAUUUGAGAUUCUUCAAAUAGCCACCCUUUGCCUUGAUGACAGCUUUGCACACUCUUGGCAUUCUCUCAACAAGCUUCACCUGGAAUGCUUUUCCAAUAGACUUGAAGGAGUUCCCACAUAUGCUGAGCACUUGUUGGCUGCUUUUCCUUCACUCUGCCAUCCGACUCAUCCCAAACCAUCUCAAUUGGGUUGAGGUUGAGGGAUUGUGGAGGCCAGGUCAUCUGAUGCAGCACUCCAUCACUCUCCUUCUUGGUCAAAUAGCCCUUACACAGCCUGGAGGUGUGUUGGGUCGUUGUCCUGUUGAAAAACAAAUGAUAGUCCAACUAAGCCCAAACCAGAUGGGAUGGCGUAUCGCUGCAGAAUGAUGUGGUAGCCAUGCUGCUUAAGUGUGUCUUGAAUUCUCAAUAAAUCACAGACAGUGUCACCAGCAAAGCACCCCCACAACGUAACACCUCCUCCUCCAUGCUUUACGGUGGGAAAUACACAUGCAGAGAUCCUCCGUUCACCCACACCGCGUCUCACAAAGACACAGCGGUUUGAAAUCUCUAAUUUGAAAUCCAGACCAAAGGACACAUUUCCACCGGUCUAAUGUCCAUUGCUCGUGUUUCUUGGCCCAAGCAGGUCUCUUCUUCUUAUUGGUGUCCUUUGAAGUGGUUUCUUUGCAGCAAUUCGACCAUGAAGGCCUGAUUCACACAGUCCCCUCUGAACAGUUGAUGUUGAGAUGUGUCUGUGACUUGAACUCUGUGAAGCAUUUAUUUGGGCUGCAAUUUCUGAGGCUGGUAACUCUAAUGAAUUUAUCCUCUGCAGCAGAGGUAACUCUGGGUCUUCUAUUCCUGUGGCAGUCCUCAUGAGAGCCAGUUUCAUCAUAGCGCUUGAUUGUUUUUGCGACUGCACUUGAAGAAACUUGACAUUUUCUGUAUUGACUGACCUUCAUGUCUUAAAGUAAUGAUGGACUGUGGUUUCUCUUUGCUGAUUUGAGCUGUUCUUGCCAUAAUAUGGACUUUUACCAAAUAGGGCUAUCUUCUGUAUACCCCCCUACCUUGUCACAACACAUUUACAUUUACAUUUAAGUCAUUUAGCAGACGCUCCUAUCCAGAGCGACUUACAAAUUGGUGCAUUCAAUUUAGGAUAGCCAGUGGGACAACCACCACUGGGGGAGGGGGGUGUAGAAGGAUUACUGUUAGACUAUUCCAGUUAUUCCUUAAAGAGGUAGGGUUUCAAGUGUCUCCGGAAGGUGGUCAGUGACUCCGCUGUCCUGGCGUCGUGGGGGAGCUUGUUCCACCAUUGGGGUGCCAGAGCAGCGAAUAGCUUUGACUGGGCUGAGCGGGAACUGUGCUUCCGUAGAGGUAGGGGGGCUAGCACGCCAGAGGUGGAUGAACGUAGUGCCCUCAUUUGGGUGUAGGGUCUGAUCAGAGCCUGAAGGUAAGGAGGUGCCGUUCCCCUCACAGCUCUGUAGGCAAGCACCACGGUUUUGUAGUAGAUGCGAGCUUCAACUGGAAGCCAGUGGAGUGUGCGGAGGAGCGGGGUGACAUGAGAGAACUUGGGAAGGUUGAACACCAGACGGGCUGCAACGUUCUGGGUAAGUUGUAGGGGUUUAAUGGCACAGGCAGGGAGCCCAGCCAACAGCGAGUUGCAGUAAUCCAGACGGGAGAUGACAGGUGCCUGGAUUAGGACCUGUGCCGCUUUCUGUGUAAGGUAGGGUCGUACUCUGCAAAUAUUGUAGAGCAUGAACCUGCAGGAUCGGGUCACCCCUUUGAUGUUAGCGGAGAACGACAGGGUGUUGUCCAGGGUCACGUCAAGGUUCUUUGCACUCUGGGAGGAGGGCACAAUGGAGUUGUCAACCGUGAUGAUCAUGGAGCGGGCAGUCCUUCCCCGGGAGGAAGAGCAGCUCCGUCUUGCCGAGGUUCAGCUUGAGGUGGUGAUCCAACAUCCACACUGAUAUGUCUGCCAGACAUGCAGAGAUGUGAUGUGCCACCUGUUUAUCAGAAGGGGGAAAGGAGAAAAUGAAUUGUGUGUCGUCUGCGUAGCAAUGAUAGGAGAGACCAUGUGAGGAUAUGACAGAGCCAAGUGACUUGGUGUAUAGAGAGAAUAGGAGAGGGCCUAGAACUGAGCCCUGGGGGACACCAGUGGGGAGAGCACGUGGUGCGGAGACAGAUUCUCGCCACGCCACCUGGUAGGAGCGACCUGUUAGGUAGGACGCAAUCCAAGAGUGAGCAGCGCCGGAGAUGCCCAACUCAGAGAGGGUGGAGAGGAGGAUCUGAUGGUUCACAGUAUCAAAGGCAGCAGAUAGGUCUAGAAGGAUAAGUGCAGAGGAGAGAGAGUUAGCUUUAGCAGUGCGGAGAGCCUCCGUGACACAGAGAAGAGCAGUCUCAGUUGAAUGACCAGUCUUGAAACCUGACUGGUUUGGAUCAAGAAGGUCAUUCUGAGAGAGAUAGCAGGAGAGUUGGCUAGAGACGGCAAGCUCAAGAGUUUUGGAGAGAAAAGAAAGAAGGGAUACUGGUCUGUAGUUGUUGACAUCGAAGGGAUCGCGUGUAGGUUUUUUGAGGAGGGGUGCAACUCUCGCUCUCUUGAAGACGGAAGGGAUAUAGCCAGCGGUCAAGGAUGAGUUGAUGAGCGAGGUGAGGUAAGGGAGAAGGUCUCCGGAAAUGGUCUGGAGAAGAGAGGAGGGGAUAGGGUCAAGCGGGCAGGUUGUUGGGCGGCCGGCCGUCACAAGUCGCAAGAUUUCAUCUGGAGAGAGAGGGGAGAAAGAAGUCAAAGCAUAGGGUAGGGCAGUGUGAGCAGGACCAGCGGUGUCAUUUGACUUAAUAAAUGAGGAUCGGAUGUCGUUAACCUUCUUUUCAAAAUGGUUGACGAAGUUAUCCACAGAGAGGGAGGAGGGAGGGGGAGGAGGAGGAGGAUUCAGCAGGGAGGAGAAGGUGGCAAAGAGCUUCCUAGGGUUAGAGGCAGAGGCUUGAAAUGUAGAGUGGUGGAAAGUGGCUUUAGCAGCAGAAACAGAGGAAGAAAAUGUAGAGAGGAGGGAGUGAAAAGAUGACAGGUCCGCAGGGAGUCUAGUUUUCCUCCAUUUCCACUCGGCUGCCCGGAGCCCUGUUCUGUGAGCUCGCAAUGAGUCGUCAAGCCAUGGAGCAGGAGGGGCGGACAGAGCCAGCGGGAGGAUAGGGGACUUAGAGAGUCAAAAGAUCCAGAAAGGGAGGAGAGGAGGGUUGAGGAGGCAGAAUCAGGAGAUCAGAGGGAGAAGUAUUUAGCAGAGGGAAGAGAUGAUAGGAUGGAAGAGGAGAGAGUAGCGGGAGAGAGAGAGCGAAGGUUGCGACGGCACAUUACCAUCUGAGUAGGUGGCAGAGUGAGUAGUGUUGAAGGAGAGCGAGAGAGAAAAUAAUACAAAGUAGUGGUCGGAGACUUGGAGGGGAGUUGCAGUGAGAUUAGUAGAAGAACAGCAUCUAGUACAGAUGAGGUCAAGCGUAUUGCCUGCCCUGUGAGUAGGGGGGGACAGUGAGAGGGUGAGGUCAAAAGAGGAAAGGAGUGGAAAGAAGGAGGCAGAGAGAAAUGAGUCAAAGGCAGACAUAGGGAGGUUAAAGUUACCCAGAACUGUGACGGGUGAGCCAUCCUCAGGAAAGAAACUCAUCAAGGCGUCAAGCUCAUUGAUGAAGUCGCCAAGGGAACCUGGAGGGCGAAAAAUGAUAAGGAUGUUAAGCUUGAAUGGGCUAGUGACUGUGACAGCAUGGAAUUCAAAUGAGGAGAUAGACAGAUGGGUCAGGGGGAAAAGAGAGAAUGUCCACUUGGGAGAGAUGAGGUUUCCUGUGCCACCACCGCGCUGACCAGAUGCUCUCGGGGUAUGCGAGAACACAUGAUCAGACGAGGAAAGAGCAGUAGGAGUAGCAGUGUUUUCUGUGGUAAUCCAUGUUUCCGUCAGCGCCAAGAAGUCGAGGGACUGGAGGGUAGCAUAGGCUGAGAUGAACUCUGCCUUGUUGGCUGCAGAACGGCAGUUCCAGAGGCUGCCGGAGACCUGGAACUCCACAUGGGUAGUGCGCACAGGGACCACCAGAUUAGAGUGGCAGCAGCCACACGGUGUGAAGUGUUUGUAUGGCCUGUGCAGAGAGGAGAGAACAGGGAUAGACAGACACAUAGUUGACAGGCUACAGAAAAGGCUACAAUAAUGCAAAAGAGAUCUGAAUAAAAUUAACUAAACAUCUGGAGAGCGGGGCCUCCCUCACCUACCUUUCACUGAAACACUCAAAUAUAACUCUCCCAACUUCCACUUUAGAAAUUAUAAUUGUUGUAAACUACAGCGGUUCAAUGUUUUCUAGGAAUAGACUCUAACUUAGUUUAUUCAGCUAGCUAACUUGGUACAGUAUUCUUCCGUGAAAACCGCCCAGGGCACCGUAUCCUAUGACGCCAUAGCUAACUAGCAUGCUAGCAUCCAACAACACACGGUUUAGCACCAAUACUUGGUUACAACAAACUACCAAUAGUAUGUUAACACACUAAACAGAUCAUUCGUGUCCAUGUCUAGUUCCUUUCAUAACGCAGAAAUAAUUAAACGUUGGCUAGCUAGCACAAAGUCAGUCAUGCUAACUACACAAGUGGACUACACAUCUCGAAUGUUCAGAAAGUGAAGCUUUACGUUGCAAAAUUCUCAUUGACUAAAAUGAUAUUGUAUUUAGUUGCUACAGUACUGCUAGCUGGUAGUGUUGGCUAGCUAGCAAUGGCUGCGGUGUUGACUUUGUUUGAAAAAACGGCAUCGCUGCGAACGAAUGUAGCUGGCUAAAAUUAUAUUGUAUUUAGUUGCUACAGUACUACUAGCUGGUAGUGUUGGCUAGCUAGCAAUGGCUGCGGUGUUGACUUUGUUUGAAAAAACGGCGUCGCUGCGAAUGAAUGUAGCUGGCUAGCUAACCUCGAUAGUUUUUUCUAUACUACACCUUUAUCUUUGAUACAAAGACAACUAUGUAGCUAGCUAACAUUACACUAAUCAAAUCGUUCCAUUGUAAUGUAAUGUGUGUCAUAUUACCUGCGGAGCGAAGUACAGCAUGACUACUCACUCCAGGAGCCACCCUCGAACACGGCCAUUAACGCUCAAACGCAUUAAGAAGGAAAUAAAUUAACUUUUAAGAAGGCACACCUGUUAAUUGAAAUGCAUUCCAGGUGACUCCCUCAUGAAGCUGGUUGAGAGAAUGCCAAGAGUGUGCAAAGCUGUCAUCAAGGCAAAUGGUGGCUAUUUGAAGAAUUUAAAAUAUUAAAAUAUAUUUUGAUUUGUUUAACACUUCUUUGGUUACUACAUGAUUCCAUAUGUGUUAUUUCAUAGUUUUGAUGUCUCACUAUUAUUCUACAAUAUAGAAAAUAGUAAAAAUAAAGAAAAACCUUUGAAUGAGUAGGUGUGUCCAAACUUUUGACUGGUGGUGUAUCUUUGCAUUAAAUUUUUUAAAUGUCACCCUCACAUUAAGUAUUGUGCUCCAAAUAUAAUAUUACCUUAUGUUGUAAAUGUUGUACUACAGCACAAAAACUGACUUGAGUUGUGUGGUUGAGAGAGAGCGAUAGAGGGGUCUCUAUGAUAGGUGAGAAGGGCUGAUUAAACUCCUGGAUCUGAUUGUAGCUAUUACAUUUGUGUGUGUGUGUGUGUGUGUGUGUGUGUGUGUGUGUGUCCAGAGCAGGUGAGCCUCACCCAAUGAUUUAUAUUACAGUACACUAGAUGACUGACAGGUGCCACUGUUUUGAAGCCACCGUGCCUCCAUCUUGGCACUACCACACCGUUCCCAAAAAUAUUUUGGAAGCUAUAGAAAUGCAGUUACUAAAGUCUACAUUUGUUUUGCCACAUUAUUCUAUUACAGACACAAUGCAUACUUUUAAAUUAUAUUAUUUGCGCUAAACAUUUAAAAAUAUAUAUAUAUAAAAACAUUUUCCUUAAAGUAUAUACAUAUAUUUUUUGAAAGUACUAAUUUUACUGUCCCCACUACAGAAAAAAACUACUAAUUUUGUCCUUGAAACAUUUAAAUGAAAUACUGUAGAAUUCCAUUCAUUCCUAUGGAAGACUGCUUUUCGGAGGAGUGCCAAUAUGGCCGACCGGUGGCUACAAAGCCUUUGGACAUGUUUUGGAAAGGCACACACCUGUCUAUAUAAGGUCCCACAUUUGACAGUGCAUGUCAGAGCAAAAACCAAGCCAUGAGGUCGAAGGAAUUGUCCGUAGAGCUCAGAUACAGGAUUUUGUCGAGGCACAGAUCUGGGGAAGGGUUCCAAAAAAUGUCUGCAGCAUUGAAGGUCCCCAAGAACACAGUGGCCUCCAUCAUUCUUAAAAGGAAGAAGUUUGGAACCACCAAGACUCUUCCUAGAGCGAGCUGCCCGGCCAAACUGAGCAAUCGGGGGAGAAGGGCCUUAGUCAGGGAGGUGACCAAGAACCCGAUGGUCACUCAGACAGAGCUCCAGAGUUCCUCUGUGGAAAUGGGAAAACCUUCCAGAAGGGCAACCAUCUCUGCAGCACUCCACCAAUCAGGCCUUUAUGGUAGAGUGGCCAGACGGAAGCCACUCCUCAGUAAAAGGCACAUGACAGCCCGCUUAGAGUUUUCCAAAAGGCACCUAAAGGACUCAGACCAUGAGAAACAAGAUUCUCUGGUCUGAUGAAACCAAGAUUCAACUCUUUGGUCUGAAUACCAAGCGUCAUGUCUGGAGGAAACCUGGCACCAUCCCUACGGUGAAGCAUGGUGGUGGCAGCAUCAUGCUGUGGGGAUGUUAUUCAGCGGCAGGGACUGGGACACUAGUCAGGAUUGAGGGAAUGAUGAAUGGAGCAAAGUACAGAGAGAUACUUGAUGAAAACCUGCUCCAUAGCACUCAGGACCUCAGACUGGGGGCGAUGGUUCACCUUCCAACAGGACAACAACCCAAAACAUACAGCUAAUACAACGCAGGAGUGGCUUCGGGUCAAGUCUCUAAAUGUCCUUAAGUGGCCCAGCCAGAGCCAGGACUCAUUAUGGGGUAUUGUGUGUAGAUUGAUGAGGGGGGGAAAAACAAUUCAGUCCAUUUUAGAAUAAGGCUGUAAGGUAACAAAAUGUGGAAAAAGUCAAGGGGUCUGAAUACUUUCGAAUGCACUGCAGUGUUCUAGAAUAUUGGAUUGUUGGCUUACAUACUGUUCGAAUUCUCAGUGCAGCUCAAGCAAUUUCUCUGACUGUCAAUAUAUUCAAAUGAAUAGACCAAUACAGGAGAUGGGUUGGUUGGGAAUUGUGGGGAGGUGUGAGUCAGGCUGUGCAUCCCUCUCUCAGAGCCGCGUAGCUAUGUCACAAUGGGACGUCGGACUAUCGGGCCUCAGCGUCUGUGGACUAUGAUUUAUGCUUUAGGUCCAUGGGACCACUCACUCAGCGUUAGUCUGACCACCAGCUGAAAUGGCUCUCUACCGCUUUAAAAAGUCAUCCCUCUGUAGAUCGCUCUAGCUGAGAGAGUGGCGCCCCUCCCUACUCUUCCGCACUGUAGGCAAUCUGCAAUUUUUCAAGACGAUUCUAGAUUGAAAAGUAGAUCCAUCUAAACCGAUUUUACCGAGAGAAAACCAUAUUUCGAGGAGGGGUUUUCCUAUUAGCAAUAUACGAUAGGUGAAUACGUUUUCUCUAGUGCUGAAAUGUAGUAAUGCCGUUGUCUUUACAUUCGGGAAACAGUGGUGAAAUAUGGCCACUGUUUUAGAGCAGCAUCUAGAUUACCGUGAAGAAAAAGAACACUGAGUAGACAGAAUUUGAUUUUGCUAGGUCGUUUCACUAAAACAAUGAAUGACGAUUAACUGUGUUUCUGUUAGAUUUUUCUCCAAAGGGACUAACAUUUUUUCUUAAUGUUUAUCAAACAUCAGUUUGUCUUCCAACGAAUAGGCUCAGCGGUUUUCAGUGUCUAUCGUCUCUCUUCUAGUCUGGCUGACACCAGCUCUCGAAGGGUCGCGCGUCAACCAGGCUGUCUCUCCUCUCCACAGCAGCCUUAUAAUAGGCCUAAUAAUAAUCCUAAUAUUACCACGUGAGAUUGGAGAUUUUUAUAUUGUUUUAGUACCUGAUAUGGUGGAGUUUUCAUAUUGAUCUCUUAUAAUUACUGCAUUAUUAUUGAUAAAUUAUCUAUUUUGUAAUAAGAAAUAAUAUAACAUGUUAUGUCAUGAUUUUAUAUUUAUUUUCUCAAGUUUGGGACUGCUGUAUUAGUAUUGAGUAAUUGUGCACUUCUUCACAUGACACUGCUAGUCAUUGCUCAGAAAUCUAAAUAAAAGUUGCACUCCUCCUCAUGCUUUGAGCCUUAAUAAUGUCUUAUGAGCCUUUAUGACAUAUUCAACUGGCUCAAACUGGCUGUUAUUAAGUCAGGAUCAUUCUGAUAAUAAUACAUUAUAAGGGGGUCAUAUGCUUAUGACAAGUCUUAAAAUGCUUUUAAACCGCAUCAUAUUCCAUAUAACUGUUAUCAAAUGUAUUGCCAUUGUGUCUACUCCCUUCCACCAGGCCUGCAGGCAGCUGCAGUAA